GACGAACAGACAAACAAAUAGACAAACAGCAAAUCCAAAAUCGACAAAGCUACAGAAAUCACAGCGAUAUCCAUGCAAAUCGAGCUGAGACGGUCUUACUUCGUUUCUUGUCGUCUCGGGAUUUGACGGUCGGCGAUAGAUUGGGUCAAAUUCCGUUCGGCUGUUGUGUCCAGCGAGGUGGAACGCCAAACUACUCAAGAUAUACAAUGACGAAACAUCUCAGACGACAAGAGAUGUCUUUCGAACAAGGAACUCUAGCACCAGGCUGAUUCACGCAGAUUUACCUGUGCAUUUGCUCGACGUGCUUUCUUCAAACGAGACGGCUCGCAGUACUUACCAGACAACAUGUCUCCUUGGAUCGGCCAAGAUCCAUCAUCAGUGAAAGACGAUGCGCCGAUCCUGAUCAUUGGCGCCGGUCUCUCUGGUCUACUUCUUGCUCGACUUCUCACAAACAGCGGCAUUCCCACGAUCGUCUUCGAAGCCUCCUCCGCAACGCGAAGUCAAGGAUUCAGCAUCUCACUACGAGACUGGGGCUAUGACGAGAUCCUGGCGGCUCUCGGAGAUAUCCCUUUGAGUCGGCUACUCCGAGGUGUCGCGCCGGAUCGUCGCCGUGGUGGAAGUGGUGAACUUGAUCAGGUCAUACGGAAUAAUGCCACCGGAGAAGUUCUGAUUCGCCCGGAUCCGAAGACGAUGAAGGGGAUUGUUAGAGCGAAUCGGGAGGCGCUUAGAAGUUGGAUGGCGGAUCAGGGUGAGGAGGAGGUCGAUGUGAGAUAUAGUCAUCGAUUAGUGGAAGUUAGUGGUGAGCCUGGAGAUGUCGUUGCGAAGUUUGAAAAUGGGAGCGUGCAUAGAGGGUGCUUUUUGGUGGGUGCUGAUGGCGUGCACUCUGCUGUACGCGCACAAAUCAUUCCACAGGUCAUCCCGGAGACUAUACCUGUGGUGGUCUACCAUGGCGAGUUCACACUCACCCAUGCUGAAUUCGACACGCUUCUGCGGCCGUUGAUGGGCAACGGAAACAUUCUCGCGGGCAUUGGAGAUGACUUCAACACUCCGAUCACGAUGGCGGAUGUGACAUCAACUCACGUCCACCUCGACUGGUCAUACUCACGAAACGCACGAAUCGCCGGCCCAGACGAAGAUCAAACCCAUAUCGAUCCGCUGUACAUUCCAUGCUCGACUCGUGGCUUCUCCUCGAAAUCUCCAACUCUUCCACUCGAUGCUCUUGCAGCUGAGCUUUCCACCCGUUCGCUAGCUCAUCCUUGGUCGGAGGUUCUCUCGCCUGAGAGAAUUCUUUCAGGAGACUACAAGAUCGUUUACUGGACGUCUCGAUGCGUGACGGUGUCUCACAAAGAGGAGAUGACUUCAGCGGCGAAGAGCUCUGGUGUUGUUUUCGUCGGCGACGCAUGGCACGCGAUGCCCAUCUUCGGCGGUGAGGGUGGUAACCAUGCUCUUGUCGAUGCCGUGGAGUUGUGGGAAGAGAUCGUCACUGCACGAGAGUAUAGUAGUGAAGCUGGUCUCUCACAUCAAGGAGUGAACAGCUUCUGGGAGAUUAAGGCUGCUGAGAAGUACUACUCACGUGCCUUUGCGAGGUGUCAAGAUGCGGUUCGACGGUCCAAGCAGAGAUUUCAAGUGUUGCAUCGGCCGAUGAGUCAGUGGAAGGAGAUUCAGAAGAAGAGUGAGAUGAUGUUGAAGCUGAUGGAAAAGCAACAGCAGGGGAAGGAAGUGACAAAUCCGAAUGAUAGAGAUGCGGCAGUGGCCGUCAGCGCGACUGCAUGA